AUGGGACUAUGUGGAUCGAAGGAGGCACCAAAAAGACCAGGAAAUCCUGCUUUUCCUCAAAAUCAGGUGGAAGCAAAAGUUGCUAAACAUAAAGGACAACGGCUGGGGAGCGCUACAGAAAAUGAAGCUAACGGUCUAAGCGCCAAGGAGCUCGCCGCCAAAGCUGCGAAAGAUCGAUACGAACAGGAAAGGAAAAAGAACGAGAAAGGUGAGCUGGGAAAAAAGCUUGCCCAAGAGAUCAAGAAAUCGUCCAAAGAUCAUGCGAUGGAGAAAUAUCAUAAUAAAAACAAAGAAGAGCUUGUAUACGAUUGA